AUGGCUGGCUUUGCUGAUCCACAGUCCCUUGGGGACCUCUCAAGUAUCAUAGAGCGCACGCUCCUUGACACCGCUCGUGUGUUUCGUAAGUCGGGUUCCAUGCCAUCCAGAGCCCAUGUGCAGCGAUCCAUCCCUUUCUACCAUGACAGCUUCCAAAAUGCCCUGGAUAACCUGUCGGAACAAAUUUUCAUCGCCAAGGCAUUCUUGGAGAAAGACUAUGAGGCUCUCAAGGCGACCAGCGCUGUUCAUCAGCCCAUCGAAGAUGUGGCCAUGAGCGAUGUCAACCAGAAAGUGGAACCUGAAACUCAACCCCUAGUUGAGAAAGUAGAGUCCGGCACGGAGCUUGAGCAACCGGCACUUAAGCUAGAGGAGGGGAUUCCUGUGAACCAGCCAGCCCCAGAAACAAAACCCGACAUCCAGGAUGACCACGUAGUCGUCAAAAAGGAAAGCGACAGCAAAGCACCUGACUCAGCAUUUCCCGGCACCAACGAGGAUCUCAACUUCGAUUCGGUUCUCAACGACACGGGCGGCACCAACGACUUCGACCUCAGUCUCGACUUCAACGAUAACGACAUGGGCAAUCAAGCAUUCCUGUCAGGAUCCAACUUUGCCGGCGCGGGCGCCACGGGAGCUACCGAGAAGCCGAUCACAUCACAGCCCAUGGAAGCCACUGCCUCCACCGGUGGCGGUGCAUUCGACAUGGAACUGCAAAAGACCGAAGGGGAUGACAAUUUCUUACAAGGCAAUGCUACGGAUGAUUUCAUGGCACCGGCCGAAUCUAACUUUGACGAUCUGUUCAUGGACACAGAUAAUUUCGGAGAAAAUGGCGGCGACUUCAAUCAGCUUGAGGGGGAUAGUCUGAUGAAUGUCAAUGAGCUGGAUGACAAUUGGUUCAGUUAA